GCGAAGGGCGGCCUGCUGAGCCGCUCGCCCCGCAGAAGCAGGGUUUUUUGUUUCCCUCGAGGAGUUGCUCGGCGCCGCUCCGAGCAGCCUUGUUCUUCUCAAGAGCCUGGAAAGAGACGUCGACCGGGGAAGGGGGAGCCUCCGCUUCCCUUUCCUGUGACGCGCCUCGGCAGAGCGCAGAGAAGGAAGCACGCCGAAGCGAAGCGCGCCUUAGUCAUGGCGUCGUCCCGGCUGCCCCCGACCGCGCUCACUCUGAAGCAGUUCCUGAGGAGGCAGCAGGUCCUUCAGUUGUAUAGAAAAAUUCUGAAGGCUAUUCGUCAGGUGCCUAAUGAAACUGAUCGCCAUUACCUCAGGGACUGGGCAAGGGAAGACUUCAAAAGAAACAAAAGUGCUACAGACGAGGAUACAAUUAGGAUGAUGAUCACUCAGGGCAACCUACAGCUUGAAGAGCUUGAGAGAACACUAAAGCUGGCAAAAUCGUAGCCUGAUCGUUCACUGAUGGUGGAACACAGUAUUUGUUUUUUCAGUGUGUCUCCCUCAAAAGACUGCCAUGGAAGGACCUCUCAGACAACCAAACUGAUUUCUAUGCAGACUCCCUUAUUGCAGCUGCCAGCUGGUUCUCUACUUUAUCUAUCAGUGGCUCACAACGACAUCCAUUUAUUGGUGCCUGCAAGAAACAAAACAACUGUGACAACUAUGAUUGGCUCAAAGGACAGCAAAGCAACCACAACAAACAGUACUGCUUGGGGCCUCCAGGGAGAAAACAAAUAUGCAGGUUAUACAAGUAGGAAGUGAAAAUAAAAUAAAUUUGCCUGGA